CUUCAUGGAUACCCCCUGUCCCCAGACACCGUUCAGUGCAUGUAUCUGAGAAAAGAUGGGCUGGAAGAUUUCCUUCCUCCCAGGACUUCAUUAAUGCAAACACCAAGAACGGUAUCCUACAACCUGGGAGUCCUACCCCCUGAAGAAUCUCCAUGCACAGAAAUUUAAAGCAGAAAGCUGCAUUCCCAUCAGGGAGAAAUGCAUAAAUGAAGUAAUGCAUGGGGCUUUAAAGUCCUACAGCAAUUAUGCACAAAAAUGGGUGUGGCAAGGACCAUGGAGCCCAGGAAAAAAUAGACAUGUGUAAGUCCUGCUCACAAAUCUGACAAGAAGUGGAGAGGAGGAGAGACCAAGUUGCUUUUGGCCUGGGCGCGGGUCCUGCAUUUCUGUUUUGCAGCCAAGCUCUGGAGCCUGAGCUUGCUCAUUAAUGGGGAGAGAUAUGACUUCCACUGUGCACAUGGGGAGCCAGAGGUUAGAGGAGCAUCAGUAGAUGAUCACCUAAAACGAACUACCAUGUUCGUUUUAGAAGCCACUUGUUUAGCACUGAGAUUUCUCCAGCUGCCUGGCUGGUGCCCAUCUUCCUAGGGAAACUCGCUGUGCCUUCUCUGUGUCUUCACAGCUAAUGUGGAAGAACAGAGGCAACUGUCACCCCUGAGAGUGGCUCCCACACUCUGUCUCCUGCCCCCGCAUUUGCUUUGGAAACUUCCACAGAUCUCUGCAUGAGGCCUCCUGACGUGGAUGGGGUCUCCUCCCUACUCCGUGCUGCCCAUCUCCUGCUCUGUGGAAACCCCGGGGCAGCAGCACCUGCUUAUACUGGGGUGGCUGGUGGAGGGGGUGGAUUGUAAGGCACACCCAGAGCCUCAGGACAGCAGAUCCAUUCCAAUGCACAAGACCGUGAAUCGUAUCCACCCAGGACUUCCACAGGGACACUGAUUCAUUGUGUUAACGAGACUUGAGCCAGAAGUUGACUGUACUCUGAUUUCACGGCUGGAGAAUCUGUGGCUCAGAGUGGGGAGAGGGCAUCUAAAUUGGAGGUCAGAAUCCAAAUUCCAACUUCGAGCUUCUGAUUCGCAUUUGGUUUGUCUCAUUACUAUGUGUGCUAAUGAUCAAGGAUGCUUUCAAGUCAGAAGGGUCCUGAGAAAUGCCCAAGGUGGAGAGGAGAUGGGACAUGCAGAAAUCUUCACAAUGCGUAGUGAGAAGUGAGAUGUGAUUCCAGAGAGCAACAUUUAUUCUCAUUCCAUGAAAUCAUUCAUUCAGUUGGUACCCAGACCAACAGGCUUUAUGUUAGACAAGAUUUGAGUACUGUUUUAAGGGCUUUGGAUAUGAAGAUAAAUGAAAUAAAAUUGGCCCCUACCUCCAGAAACUACCAUAAACAUGCAUUGCGAGUCCCCCAUCCCCAAUGAGAAGGACCUCCCAAACCUCAGAAGCCCAGACACUUGUCUGGUGAAACAUACCAAGAGUCCAAGAAAGAGCCAGACAUCUCCACCGUGCCGGACAACCCACACAGAUCCCCACAUCCUCCGAAUCCAGUGUCCAUUGCAAAUCCCGUCAUAUAUGGAAAUUACCCUGGCUGGCCAGUUCAUUAUAUCUCUUGGCUCCUGCAUGUGUCUCUCCUCUGAAGCCCCCAUGUUCCAAGAUCAUUGUGAUGCGGGUUCCAGGGGCCUUGUGACACGCAGUUGUCCACUUUGUUCAAGCCUGAGAUGUCCAUCUGGAAAGGCCAAUUCCUCUUGGGAAUGCAACUCCUCUCCUAAAGGCAACUCACCUCACCCUGCUCAUUAAGCCUCCCAAGGGCUCCAAGCAAGUGGCAAGUUCUGAGUUCCAGUCAGGGGCUGCUGUGAAGCCAGCCCGCAGGGGCCAUGACCACCCUCUCUCCCGAGAACAGCCUCUCAGCCAGGCAGUCGGCCUUCUUCAUCCUGGCAAAGAGAAAACUACCAAUCGACAAGACAGAAUGGAAUGGCUUCUUUGAUGAGGAUGGUUACUUGGCCAAGUCCCGGGACUCUAUUUGUGUUAACAUCCUGGAAAGGGGCCUGCACCCUGGAGUCAGGACAGAGGCCUGGAAGUUCCUCACCGGCUACUACUCGUGGCAGAGUUCCCAGGAUGAGCGACUCACAGUGGAGAGCUCCAGAAGGAAGAAAUAUGAGGCCCUGUGCCACAUGUACGAGAAGAUUCAGCCCCUCCUGGAGAACUUGCACCAGAAUUUCACCGAGACCCAGAACAACAUUGCAUGUGACAUCCAGAAACUCUACGACAAAGACCCACUGGGCAACGUCCUGGUGGACAAGAAGAGGCUGGAGAAGACCCUGCUGCUGAGCUAUGUGUGCAACACCCAAGCAGGUGAGCAGAGGGAGGGUCAUGUCUGGCCACCACCAGGUGCUACAAGCCCUCUUCACCAUGCACCCUUCGCAGAGUACCAGCGGGGCUUCCACGAGAUGGUGAUGCUCUUCCAGCUCAUGGUGGAGCACGAUCACGAGACCUUCUGGCUCUUCCAGUUCUUCCUGCAGAAAACAGAGAACAGCUGUGUCAUCACCAUUGGGGUGGACAAGAACCUGGACAUGCUCAACCACCUCAUCGCCCUCCUGGACCCCACAUUUGCUGAGCACCUGAAAGGGAAGGGCGCGGGGACAGUGCAGGCCCUCUUCCCUUGGUUCUGCCUCUGCUUCCAGCGUGCCUUCAAAACCUUUGAUGACGUCUGGCGGCUCUGGGAGGUCCUGCUGACCGGGAAGCCCUGCCGGAACCUGCAGGUACUCGUGGCCUAUAGCAUGCUGCAGAUGGUGCGAGAGCAGGCACUGCUGGAGAGCAUGAGUAGUGAUGCCAUUCUCCUGGCCUGCAACAAUCUCAUUGAUCUGGAUGCCGAUGAGCUAAUCUCCGCUGCCUGCAUGGUUUAUGCUGAGCUCAUGCAAAAGGAUGUAAGUUGCCUUAUGCUUCCUCCUCCUCCUCCUGCAAGAAGCCUUCCCUGAUAGCUCAUGGCAGGUACGAUCAGCUUCAGAGGCAAAGUCUGUCCCACCAACCCAUGGAGGUUGCUCCGCGUGGUCUUUGGCUGCUUCCAUGUGGAACCCAUGCUUCCUGAUCAUGCUGUGUGCCGAGAUCAUGGCCCUUGCCGCUUAACCUCUGUGUCAUUCCCAAGGCCUGGGCAGACAGAGGCUCAGGAGAUGUCACUGACUGGGUGAAUCCAAGAGGGAAAGCAGUAGACCCUAUCCAUUUGCUUCACACCUGGGGGCCCUCCUCUUCCUCAGGUUCCCCAGCCAUUGAAAGAUUUCUUUCUCUGAAAACACCGGUGCCCAUGAUAAACAGAUGCCCUGGAUGGACAGAAUGACCCUGAAUGACAAGGUCAGGACCAAGCUGGAUGGGGUGUGAGGAUGAGGGCCCCAGCAAUACAGCCAGCCUGCACGCAGCUUGCGGAGUGAUGGUUUGCAGAGGGUGAUUUGUGUGUCUGUUGAUCCUGGAGCUGCAGGAUGCAAGGGGGCUGAGAGGGGCCAGCUGGAGAGCUGCCCACUGUGCACCCAGAGAGGGCACAGGUUGGACAAGCUGGUAUGCGCAGCAACUCUCCCGAUGGAGAGCUUUCUAAGGCAUUGCGGGAGAUCUGAGCAAAGCUUUAAGGAUAGCCCUGACCUUGAGAUUCCUCCAGGUGUUUUGGGAAAACAAUACUGAGCACAUCUCAGAAGGAUGAGUCUGCACCAGGACUCGGAGAGGCAGAGGAGGCUCCCCAGGCCUCAUCCUGCCCUGAUUCCCAAUCAUACAAACAAGUCCCUUCCCUGCUGUCUUUGGAAGGACUGGGCCAGUUGACCAGUAGGCAGGUCCUACGCUGGUUUCACAGCUGCUCAUAAUUGCACCUUUAUGUCUCAGCGUACAAGAGUCUCCUGAAGCUGCCUGUGCUAUGCAGCCUCACCCGCCUCUCCCCUGGGAAUGCAGUGGGCCCUUGCCCAGGCAGAGUCCCCUACCCAGCCUGCCGGUGUUUGGGAGACUCUUUAAGACAUAAGGAUUGGCCAAAAACAUCUUGUCUGGCUGGGUGUCACCGACAAGCACACACACAGACCUGCCCACUGGCCACACUUUUUUGGAGGGCAAGUGGUUAGGAAGGAGGAGCUCUGAGCCUUGUGACAAUCUCCUAGCCACAGUGGCCUCAGAGUCUCUUUGCUGCUGUCUUUGCCAGGGCAGGUGUGAAGAAUGGGGCCCUGUCCCAUCACAUCGCUCAGGCCUCAGGAGCUCCGGUGGCUGGGUGGUGGAGCAUAUGGGCAAACGCAUACACCACGCUCUCCUGAGCUUUUUGUUCCUGCAUGGAUGGUUCUCCAAGAAUGAAACUGUGUGUGUAUUUUACCAAAGAACCAGAGUAGCAGAACAAGAGGUGUCUUGCUGAGCUAACUUUGGCCUAGGGAAGAGAAGAAUCAAUAAAACAGCAGACGUGCAUUUUCUAAUGUUUCUUCUGGCCUGGCAGCAUGGGCUAGCCUAUAAUUUGGGGUUGGGGUACACACACAAUGCCAGAUAGCUACUGUGGUACCUGGUGUACUCAUCAUUAAUUGGUUCCAGGACGUGUGACAGGUACCGUACACAAUGAAUGUCAAACGGUUUCAGCUGUAAAGGGACAGACAGUUGUGCAGGAGGCUCCACUGCACUUUUUUGAUCAUUCUGAUACCAGGAAUCAAACUCAGGACCUUGCACUUGCCAGGCAGGCAUUUAUGUCUGAGCUACACCCUUGCCUCUUCACCCCACUAUCCUUACCUUUUCUAAGCCCUUUCCCUCCCCAGGAAGCUUGGGAUGGUACCAAGUGCAGCCAUGCUCACUGAGUAUUAUUUCUUUUUGUUUUUAAGAGGCAUAACAGUAGGGGCUGGGGAUUUAGCUCAGCGGCAUAAGCUCCUGCUUUGCAAGCAGGCAGUCGUGAGUUCGAUCCCCGGUACCGAUAAAAAAAAAAAAAAAAAAAAAAAAAAAAAGACUAAAAAAAAGAGGCAUAAUAGGGAAGUUUAUCCAGCAGAAAUUAGAGAGUACACUCAAAGAAAAUAGGUGGGAGCCCUCAAAACAGGUACAUUAUUUUCUGGAACUGGGAAUAUUUGUGGUUUUUCCAGAGGGUGUGGAAGCCUAUGAAAUUUGUGAGUCUAUAAGAAGUUCCCUCUUGGUUACAGAAGAAAAGGAUCGACGCCCAAAGACGACAGUGGCCCAUGUCGCAGGUGAAAUGCAUGGGCUGCAUCUAUUGGUUUUGAUUUUUAAAUGGGUCAUUUUAGAUGUUUUGUUUAAA